CACGAAACUCUGAGUUAUGAUGUUUGGUCUCUGUUGUUCUGCCUUGUUACUUACUGUAUGACUCGAACAGCCGCAACGCGCAAGUGCGAACCACUGUCAGGUUUAGUACGUUUUUUUUAGUUUCGAAUACUGGUGCGAACAACCAGUUACCUUGUUACUAGUAAUAAUUAUCACUUUAUCAGCAACAACUGGCCGCACGGGCAGCGGCACAAGCAAGGCUAAUACUAGCAAUGGCUACAAUCAUGUACACGUACCAAGUCCAUGGUGUUUCAAACUGUUCGAGUGUGCCGGAGAGCGGGUAGAUCGACCAGUGUCUCCGCGUAAGCUGCGUUUGCUAAGACCGACUGCCAGACACCGAUUACGGAUUUGCACUGCUGCUCGCCAUGGCACCGAGUGAUCCUCCGCAGCUCGCUCUCGCCGAACGCGAAGCCGAUUCAAGCGGAGACGAAGACAGCACAAGAUUGCCCGUGAUGUCGUCGAGGACCACAGCGCUGGUUGCCGUGGCUGCUGUAGCGGCCGGUGGUAGCUUGGUGAUUUACGUCGGCGUGCCGUCUGGCCUAUCACUGCUUGGCUUCAAAGGCGCUGGGAUUUCUGCAGAAUCCUACGCUAGUGCAUGGAUGUCUGCUGUUGCUAUUGGCAACGGCGGUGGGGUGCCGGCUGGCAGCCUGAUCUCCAUAUGCCAGUCAAUUGGCGCAGCCGGGAAAGCGUGGGUGGCGGUGAAAACGGUUGCCGUGACGAUCGGCGGACUAGGCGUGGGCGCAGCAAGUGCUGCUGGUGCCGACGCGGGUGCAGCUACCGCCGCCACUGCACUGGAUGUUAACCAGUACGCACAUGCCGUCGAUGCGGCGGCCAGUCUGGGUGCGCUCAGUCGGAGCGUGGCCGACUUCACCGGUGACGCCGUCGAUGCCGUUUGGAAUGAGGACGGGCGCUUGGGCAGGCUUGCUACCGACGUCACCGCAUCCUCAUUGUCCAUGGCCGGGAGGCUGCACGACUUGGCCAGUGACCUGUGGCCAACCAGUAGUGAUGGAUCCACCACCACCAGCAGCAGCAGCCAUGAUCAGCAGACGGGGAGAAUGACCGGGGGCUCCGCGUCUUCAACUUCGUCACCCGGAGGACUGUUUGACUGGGCUAACAGCUUGUGGCAAGGCAGCAGCAGCAGCAGCAGCAGUAGCAGCAACGGCCACAGCAAAGCUGAGAAGACAGCAGGGAAGAUGGCCACUGCUCCUUCACAAACAUCAGCAGGGGGGCUGAGCGACUGGGCCAGCAGUGUGUGGCAAGGCAGCGACAACAGUAACAGCAACAGCAACAAUGCGGAGCGCACAGCGAAGAUGAGUAAGACCUCCACGCCUUCACAAUCGUCAGCUGGGGGGCUGAGCAGCUGGGCGAGCAGUGCGUGGCAAGGAAGCAACAGCGACAGCAGCAGCCGCAGUAGCACUGAGGCUGACCACACAGGGGAGAGAAGCAAGACGUCCGGGCCGUCACAGUCAUCAUCCGCCGGGGGACUGAGUGGCUGGGCCAGCAGUGUGUGGCAAGGAAGCAACGGCAGCAGCGACAGCAGCAGCAACAGCAGCAAUGCAACGUGUACUGGCCCUACAUCCAGCGAUGGUGUCAGUGGCUGGGCCAGCAGUGUGUGGCAAGGAAGCAACAGCAACAGCAGCAGCAAUACAAAGCCUGCAGGCGCUACAUCUAGUGAUGGUGUGGGUGGCUGGGCCAGCAGUGUGUGGCAAGGAAGCGACAGCAGCAACAGCGACAGCAGCAGCAAUGCAAAGCGUGCAGGCUCUACAUCUAGUGAUGGUGUGGGUGGCUGGGCCCGCAGUGUGUGGCAAGGAAGCGACAGCAACAGCAGCAGCAGCAGCAGUAACAAUGUAAAGCCUGCAGGCGCUACAUCUAGUGAUGGUGUGGGUGGCUGGGCCAGCAGUGUGUGGCAAGGAAGCGACAGCAGCAGCAGCAGCAACAGCAGCAAUGCAAAGCGUACAUGCGCUACAUCUAGCUAUGGUGUGGGUGGCUGGGCCAGCAGUGUGUGGCAAGGAAGCAGCAGCAGCAGCGACAGCAGCAGCAGCAACAGCAGCGACAGCAGCAGCAGCAAUGCAAAGCGUACAGGCUCUACAUCUAGUGAUGGUGUGAGUGGCUGGGUCAGCAGUGUGUGGCAAGGGAGUGACAGCGACAGCAGCAGCAGCAAUGCAAAGCGUACAGGCUCUACAUCUAGUGAUGGUGUCAGUGGCUGGGUCAGCAGUGCGUGGCAAGGAAGCGACAGCAGCAGCAGCAAUGCAAAGCGUACAGGCUCUACAUCCAGCGAUGAUGUGAGUGGCUGGGUCAGCAGUGUGUGGCAAGGGAGUGACAGCGACAGCAGCAGCAGCAAAAGCAGCAGCAAAAGCAGCAGCAGCAACAGCAGCGACAGCAGCAGCAGCAAUGCAAAGCGUACAGGCUCUACAUCUAGUGAUGGUGUGAGUGGCUGGGUCAGCAGUGUGUGGCAAGGGAGUGACAGCGACAGCAGCAGCAGCAGCAGCAGUAGCAGCAACGGCCACAGCAAAGCUGAGAAGACAGCAGGGAAGAUGGCCACUGCUCCUUCACAAACAUCAGCAGGGGGGCUGAGCGACUGGGCCAGCAGUGUGUGGCAAGGCAGCGACAACAGUAACAGCAACAGCAACAAUGCGGAGCGCACAGCGAAGAUGAGUAAGACCUCCACGCCUUCACAAUCGUCAGCUGGGGGGCUGAGCAGCUGGGCGAGCAGUGCGUGGCAAGGAAGCAACAGCGACAGCAGCAGCCGCAGUAGCACUGAGGCUGACCACACAGGGGAGAGAAGCAAGACGUCCGGGCCGUCACAGUCAUCAUCCGCCGGGGGACUGAGUGGCUGGGCCAGCAGUGUGUGGCAAGGAAGCAACGGCAGCAGCGACAGCAGCAGCAACAGCAGCAAUGCAACGUGUACUGGCCCUACAUCCAGCGAUGGUGUCAGUGGCUGGGCCAGCAGUGUGUGGCAAGGAAGCAACAGCAACAGCAGCAGCAAUACAAAGCCUGCAGGCGCUACAUCUAGUGAUGGUGUGGGUGGCUGGGCCAGCAGUGUGUGGCAAGGAAGCGACAGCAGCAACAGCGACAGCAGCAGCAAUGCAAAGCGUGCAGGCUCUACAUCUAGUGAUGGUGUGGGUGGCUGGGCCCGCAGUGUGUGGCAAGGAAGCGACAGCAACAGCAGCAGCAGCAGCAGUAACAAUGUAAAGCCUGCAGGCGCUACAUCUAGUGAUGGUGUGGGUGGCUGGGCCAGCAGUGUGUGGCAAGGAAGCGACAGCAGCAGCAGCAGCAACAGCAGCAAUGCAAAGCGUACAUGCGCUACAUCUAGCUAUGGUGUGGGUGGCUGGGCCAGCAGUGUGUGGCAAGGAAGCAGCAGCAGCAGCGACAGCAGCAGCAGCAACAGCAGCGACAGCAGCAGCAGCAAUGCAAAGCGUACAGGCUCUACAUCUAGUGAUGGUGUGAGUGGCUGGGUCAGCAGUGUGUGGCAAGGGAGUGACAGCGACAGCAGCAGCAGCAAUGCAAAGCGUACAGGCUCUACAUCUAGUGAUGGUGUCAGUGGCUGGGUCAGCAGUGCGUGGCAAGGAAGCGACAGCAGCAGCAGCAAUGCAAAGCGUACAGGCUCUACAUCCAGCGAUGAUGUGAGUGGCUGGGUCAGCAGUGUGUGGCAAGGGAGUGACAGCGACAGCAGCAGCAGCAAAAGCAGCAGCAAAAGCAGCAGCAGCAACAGCAGCGACAGCAGCAGCAGCAAUGCAAAGCGUACAGGCUCUACAUCUAGUGAUGGUGUGAGUGGCUGGGUCAGCAGUGUGUGGCAAGGGAGUGACAGCGACAGCAGCAGCAGCAGCAGCAGUAGCAGCAACGGCCACAGCAAAGCUGAGAAGACAGCAGGGAAGAUGGCCACUGCUCCUUCACAAACAUCAGCAGGGGGGCUGAGCGACUGGGCCAGCAGUGUGUGGCAAGGCAGCGACAACAGUAACAGCAACAGCAACAAUGCGGAGCGCACAGCGAAGAUGAGUAAGACCUCCACGCCUUCACAAUCGUCAGCUGGGGGGCUGAGCAGCUGGGCGAGCAGUGCGUGGCAAGGAAGCAACAGCGACAGCAGCAGCCGCAGUAGCACUGAGGCUGACCACACAGGGGAGAGAAGCAAGACGUCCGGGCCGUCACAGUCAUCAUCCGCCGGGGGACUGAGUGGCUGGGCCAGCAGUGUGUGGCAAGGAAGCAACGGCAGCAGCGACAGCAGCAGCAACAGCAGCAAUGCAACGUGUACUGGCCCUACAUCCAGCGAUGGUGUCAGUGGCUGGGCCAGCAGUGUGUGGCAAGGAAGCAACAGCAACAGCAGCAGCAAUACAAAGCCUGCAGGCGCUACAUCUAGUGAUGGUGUGGGUGGCUGGGCCAGCAGUGUGUGGCAAGGAAGCGACAGCAGCAACAGCGACAGCAGCAGCAAUGCAAAGCGUGCAGGCUCUACAUCUAGUGAUGGUGUGGGUGGCUGGGCCCGCAGUGUGUGGCAAGGAAGCGACAGCAACAGCAGCAGCAGCAGCAGUAACAAUGUAAAGCCUGCAGGCGCUACAUCUAGUGAUGGUGUGGGUGGCUGGGCCAGCAGUGUGUGGCAAGGAAGCGACAGCAGCAGCAGCAGCAACAGCAGCAAUGCAAAGCGUACAUGCGCUACAUCUAGCUAUGGUGUGGGUGGCUGGGCCAGCAGUGUGUGGCAAGGAAGCAGCAGCAGCAGCGACAGCAGCAGCAGCAACAGCAGCGACAGCAGCAGCAGCAAUGCAAAGCGUACAGGCUCUACAUCUAGUGAUGGUGUGAGUGGCUGGGUCAGCAGUGUGUGGCAAGGGAGUGACAGCGACAGCAGCAGCAGCAAUGCAAAGCGUACAGGCUCUACAUCUAGUGAUGGUGUCAGUGGCUGGGUCAGCAGUGCGUGGCAAGGAAGCGACAGCAGCAGCAGCAAUGCAAAGCGUACAGGCUCUACAUCCAGCGAUGAUGUGAGUGGCUGGGUCAGCAGUGUGUGGCAAGGGAGUGACAGCGACAGCAGCAGCAGCAAAAGCAGCAGCAAAAGCAGCAGCAGCAACAGCAGCGACAGCAGCAGCAGCAAUGCAAAGCGUACAGGCUCUACAUCUAGUGAUGGUGUGAGUGGCUGGGUCAGCAGUGUGUGGCAAGGGAGUGACAGCGACAGCAGCAGCAGCAGCAGCAGUAGCAGCAACGGCCACAGCAAAGCUGAGAAGACAGCAGGGAAGAUGGCCACUGCUCCUUCACAAACAUCAGCAGGGGGGCUGAGCGACUGGGCCAGCAGUGUGUGGCAAGGCAGCGACAACAGUAACAGCAACAGCAACAAUGCGGAGCGCACAGCGAAGAUGAGUAAGACCUCCACGCCUUCACAAUCGUCAGCUGGGGGGCUGAGCAGCUGGGCGAGCAGUGCGUGGCAAGGAAGCAACAGCGACAGCAGCAGCCGCAGUAGCACUGAGGCUGACCACACAGGGGAGAGAAGCAAGACGUCCGGGCCGUCACAGUCAUCAUCCGCCGGGGGACUGAGUGGCUGGGCCAGCAGUGUGUGGCAAGGAAGCAACGGCAGCAGCGACAGCAGCAGCAACAGCAGCAAUGCAACGUGUACUGGCCCUACAUCCAGCGAUGGUGUCAGUGGCUGGGCCAGCAGUGUGUGGCAAGGAAGCAACAGCAACAGCAGCAGCAAUACAAAGCCUGCAGGCGCUACAUCUAGUGAUGGUGUGGGUGGCUGGGCCAGCAGUGUGUGGCAAGGAAGCGACAGCAGCAACAGCGACAGCAGCAGCAAUGCAAAGCGUGCAGGCUCUACAUCUAGUGAUGGUGUGGGUGGCUGGGCCCGCAGUGUGUGGCAAGGAAGCGACAGCAACAGCAGCAGCAGCAGCAGUAACAAUGUAAAGCCUGCAGGCGCUACAUCUAGUGAUGGUGUGGGUGGCUGGGCCAGCAGUGUGUGGCAAGGAAGCGACAGCAGCAGCAGCAGCAACAGCAGCAAUGCAAAGCGUACAUGCGCUACAUCUAGCUAUGGUGUGGGUGGCUGGGCCAGCAGUGUGUGGCAAGGAAGCAGCAGCAGCAGCGACAGCAGCAGCAGCAACAGCAGCGACAGCAGCAGCAGCAAUGCAAAGCGUACAGGCUCUACAUCUAGUGAUGGUGUGAGUGGCUGGGUCAGCAGUGUGUGGCAAGGGAGUGACAGCGACAGCAGCAGCAGCAAUGCAAAGCGUACAGGCUCUACAUCUAGUGAUGGUGUCAGUGGCUGGGUCAGCAGUGCGUGGCAAGGAAGCGACAGCAGCAGCAGCAAUGCAAAGCGUACAGGCUCUACAUCCAGCGAUGAUGUGAGUGGCUGGGUCAGCAGUGUGUGGCAAGGGAGUGACAGCGACAGCAGCAGCAGCAAAAGCAGCAGCAAAAGCAGCAGCAGCAACAGCAGCGACAGCAGCAGCAGCAAUGCAAAGCGUACAGGCUCUACAUCUAGUGAUGGUGUGAGUGGCUGGGUCAGCAGUGUGUGGCAAGGGAGUGACAGCGACAGCAGCAGCAGCAAUGCAAAGCGUACAGGCUCUACAUCUAGUGAUGGUGUCAGUGGCUGGGUCAGCAGUGCGUGGCAAGGAAGCGACAGCAGCAGCAGCAAUGCAAAGCGUACAGGCUCUACAUCCAGCGAUGAUGUGAGUGGCUGGGUCAGCAGUGUGUGGCAAGGGAGUGACAGCGACAGCAGCAGCAGCAAAAGCAGCAGCAAAAGCAGCAGCAAUGCAAAGCGUUCAGGCAGUACAUCUAGUGAUGGUGUGAGUGGCUGGGCCAGCAGUGUGUGGCAAGGAAGCGACAGCAGCAGCAGCAACAGCAAUGCAAAGCGUACUGGCCCUACAUCCAGGGAUGGUGUGGGUGGCUGGGCCAGCAGUGUGUGGCAAGGAAGCGACAGCAACAGUAGCAGCAAUACAAAGCCUGCAGGCGCUACAUCUAGUGAUGGUGUGGGUGGCUGGGCCAGCAGUGUGUGGCAAGGAAGCGGCAGCGACAGCAACAGCAGCAGCCAUGCAAAGCGUACAGGCGCUACAUCUAGUGAUGGUGUCAGUGGCUGGGCCAGCAGUGUGUGGCAAGGAAGCAACAGCAGCAGCGGCAGCAAAAGAAAAUGAUUCUUGACAGAUGGAGACACUAGUUUGCAUGUAACACAGCUUGACAGGUAAUGGUGUGAGGGGGGGGGGGGGGUGAUGGCUAUCGAUGUAUACUUUGUUGAGUACAUGGAUAACGACAUCAGUCGAGUAAACAACAAACAACUCGUGAAUAUGUACAGAAGCUGUCAUUCACACUUUUACUUUUAGAUUUGCCUCAGGACGCAGUCAUUCAUGCUUUGCACUGCCGCCAUUUACAACUUUUAGAUUUGCGCCAUGCUGCAGCUAUUUACACUUUGCUUUGUGAGUAUAUGAACCAAUACUGAUCCAGAUUUCUCAUUACUGUUUUCUGAUGAUCGCUCAGUGCGUGAAACUCGGAGUAAAAACACUUUCUCUGUCCUCGUAUUGUUUGAAGCUAUAGUGCGUUUCAAAAGUAUAGACCUCUAGUAUAGACCUCUAGACUUUUUAGAAUAAUUCAAAUUUGGUUUGAGCUUUUUGAGAAAUUUCUUCGGAAUAUUGCUCAGGCAGCUCACGCAAUUUUUCUCAUAUAAAUUUCUAAGCGAUUGGAUAACGGACGCCCAAUUUCGAAAAAUGUAUGCACAAAGUGA